UUAUAUCUUAUCUUAUCCAAUCACCAUAUUUCCCAUAUUAUACACCAAAAUAAAACAUCAUUUUUCCCAUUUUUCUUCCUCUGAAAAAAAUGUCAAGAACUGAGAUGACAGAAAUGGAAGUUGCAAAGAGGAGACUCUCAAAUGUAGCCAACCAUCUCAACCCAGAAUUAACACUCUCGAAUUCCCACCAAAUUCAUCAUCAUCAUCAUCAUCCCUCCAUUUCCUUGUCUACUACUUCCAUGAAUGAUAACUACCACAAGGUUCAUGGUCAAGUUUCGUCGAAGCCUGUCGUCUGGAAACUUGCUGCUGAUGAUUCUGGUAAAGAUUUUAUUGAUAUCAUUUACGAAAAAGCCGUUGGUGAAGCCAUUGCUAAGAUAACAAUAAACAGGCCAGAGAGGAGGAAUGCAUUUAGACCAGAAACGAUCAAGGAGCUGAUUCGAGCGUUUGAUGAUGCAAGGGAUGAUAGUUCAAUUGGUGUUAUCAUUCUAACUGGCAAGGGAACCAAGGCAUUUUGCAGUGGUGGAGAUCAAGCAAUAAGAGGAAAGGAUGGCUAUGUCGACUCUAAAAAAAUUGGCCGUCUUAAUGUUUUGGACUUGCAGGUCCAAAUAAGACGGCUUCCAAAACCAGUCAUAGCAAUGGUUGCUGGUUAUGCUGUUGGAGGAGGACAUAUUCUACACAUGGUCUGUGAUCUGACUAUUGCUGCUGAUAACGCCAUUUUCGGACAGACAGGUCCAAAGGUAGGAAGUUUCGAUGCUGGUUAUGGAAGUUCGAUCAUGUCUCGUUUGAUCGGACCAAAAAAGGCGCGUGAAAUGUGGUUUCUUACCAGGUUUUACCCUGCAGCUGAGGCAGAAAGAAUGGGACUUGUUAACACAGUUGUACCAUUGGAGAGUUUGGAACAAGAGACAAUAAAAUGGUGUCGUGAGAUCCUAAGAAACAGUCCUACUGCAAUUCGAGUACUCAAAUCUGCUCUGAAUGCAGUUGAUGAUGGUCAUGCAGGACUACAGCAAAUUGGAGGAGAUGCAACGUUGUUGUUCUACGGAACAGAAGAAGGUAAUGAAGGGAAGACAGCAUAUAAUGAAAGAAGACCUCCUGAUUUCUCCAAGUUUCCUCGCCGACCAUGAAGGGGAGGACUUAUCCGAUACUACAGAAAACCCUUUUAAUAACGUUUAUUUUAUUUUAUUUUUUCAUUUUUUAGCGUUUCUAGGAACGUUGUUAAUGGAUCCGCUAUUAAAAUGAAAAUUGAUCUUUGUUUUUUUUUUCUGGA